CAACAACAGGAUUUUCCACGAAUAUUAUCUAGCGAUUGAACGAUGGCCGCAUAUCCUCGCCCCGACUUCCACCGCCCUGCCCUCAAUUGGCUUUCUCUCGAUGGUUCCUGGGACUUCAUCUUCGACGAUGCUGACACAGGCCUGAGUCAACGGUGGCAUCAACAGGGUCUCCCUGCCAAAGAGGCCGCACAAUCUAAGCGCCAGAUCAAUGUACCUUACGCUUUUCAAACCCCGGCGUCCGGUAUUGGGCUAUACGAGGUUCAUGAAGUGCUCUGGUAUGAGCGAAUGGUCCCGGACAUACGCACCACAGAUGAACAGACGAAAGGGAACCGGCUGAUCCUUCGCUUCGGGGCGGUAGACUACGACUGCACUGUCUGGGUUGAUGGACAGUUGGUCGGUGCUCACCGAGGAGGCCAUGUGCCAUUUGACAUAGAUGUGUCGGACGCAUUUGGUGGCCGAGAGGGUUCGGACGCCCGGCGCCUCACAAUUCGCGUCCGCGACUCUGCAACCGACCUCGGUCAACUGCGAGGGAAGCAAUACUGGGGACCCGUUCCACAAGAGAUCUUCUAUACCCCUACCAGUGGUAUAUGGCUGUCCGUUUGGUUGGAGAGUGUGCCCCGGACGCGGCUGGGAAGUAGCAGUGACGGGACAGUCCUACGGUCGGAUGACAUUGAAGGCGGCUUCUUACGUGCACGACUCACAGUCCUAGGCCGCCCUGUGGCCGCCGGAUGUAGCGUUGAAAUUGAAGCUGGUCUUGCAGGAAAUCCAGUCACUCGUGGCAGAAAAGAAUUGCCGCGUGACAAGGAUUGGGUGGACCUUGACAUAGACAUGCGUGUUCCACAAGUGGAACCUUUGAAGCAACAGUGUCCGUUCAACAUCGAUGGUUGUUGGCGAGGUAGUGUAGCCCUCUGGGCGCCGGAGCAUCCAAUCCUCUAUGACCUAACUCUGCGCCUCUACGACGCCUCGGGUAAUCAUGUGGAUGCAGUCGAGACGACGACGGGCAUGCGAAGCGUUUCUUGGACUCAUGGCGAUGGCACCUUCCGACUGAAUGGAAAGCCGUGCUUUCAGACUCUCGUGCUGGACCAAGGAUAUUGGCCGGAGACAGGCCUGACUCCACCGUCACAAGAUGCUCUCCGAGCAGACAUUGAAAUGGCGAAGAACAUGGGUAUCAAUGGCUGCCGCAAGCACCAGAAGGUCGAAGACCCCGUGUUUCACUACUGGGCCGAUCGGCUUGGGUUCCUGGUUUGGGGUGAAAUAGCCAAUGCCUACGAGUUUAGCGACGAAUAUAUCUCGCGCUUCAACAGCGAGUGGGUGGAGGCCGUGCGCAGGGAUAUCAAUCACCCGUGCAUAGUGGCAUGGACCCCGUUCAACGAGAGCUGGGGCUAUCCCUCCCUGAAGGACAACAUUGACCAGCGCAACCAUAUCCGCUCAGUUUACUACCUCACCAAAACGCUGGAUCCAACUCGGCCGAUCAACGACAAUUGCGGCUGGGAACAUGUUGCAACCGACCUGACGACUUACCACGACUACUCCGACUUUCCUGCGCUAACAGAGACUUGUGCGAACUUCCAAAAUGGCAUCCUGGGCAAGAAAUCCAACCGCGACAUGUUUGUGCUGCCAAUCCCGGCUACGCCAUCUACUCCUUCGGACCCUGGUGCACAGCAUGCCUCCGGGGCCCCCGUCAUCUGUUCUGAAUUUGGCGGAGUCAAUAUCAUCCCUGCGAAUGGAACCACGGCAGGGGACCGGGACUGGGGAUACACCACCGCCAGUGAUCCAGAAGAUCUGCUGAGUCGCUUGGAAAAGCUAGUUAUGGCAGUGGUGAAAGGAGGGAAUUCGUGUGGAUUGGUCUAUACACAAUUGUGUGAUAUCGAGCAAGAGGUGAAUGGACUUUAUUCGUACGAUAGGAGGGAGAAAGUGCCAGCUUCCCGGGUCAAGGCCAUUAUGGAUUCCGCUCACCGCUACUACCACGAGAAUGUGGCUCCAAAAUAGACAAGAAAUCCUUGCUAGAGCUCAAGAAGUACUGGAAACGGCGAACGCUAUGAUAACUUUUUAGCUGACAGUACUGCUCCCCGGCCGGCGGUAAUUUAUGCCUUCAAUCUUUGUAUCGAGAGACACCUGGAUCGCUGGUGGUUAUUACGAGCCGAUGAUGGCGACGCAUCAAUAGACAAGUUUGUGAUAAGGCAGACAACAAUGCGACAGGUAUAGAGAGUAAUCUAUCUUAUAAGCUG